AUGGAUAGCAAACAACGAAUAUGGGAUUCGCUGCGCAACGAUGCCAGACAGGCCGACAAUCUCAUUGAGCGGAAAUUAGCCGCCUUGGAGGAUAUUGCCCGGCGUGUUGAUGAUGAGACGAGCGGUGUUUCGUUUGGAGCUAAAGGCACGGCUCCUACGACAGGUUUCAACCAGUAUAACAACCCCUCAUCAUCUAGCAGCACUACAUUCGGCAAUACCGCUGUUGUACACUUCCCUUCAGAAUCUCACGUGAGGAGCGUCCAGCGUGAGUUUGAGCACAGUCAGUCGGAGGUGGAGGUUGUGCUGCAGCGGUUUGAGACACUGCUGGAAACUAUGGCGGAAACUGCGCGUGAGCUCCCACUGGAGUCAGCCGCCAUGACUCACAUGGAGCGGUUUCAACAGCUAGCGGUUGAGAAGCGCCGGACCCUUUUCCGCGUCGCCGCCGACUUCAAGCGCCGUUGUGAACGCGUUGAGCUGCUUCCGAAUAUAAGUCGCGAGCUUGAUGUUCACCGUGAGGACGUAGGUACGCAGUUACUGCUCAAGGAACAGGAGUCGCUGCGCCACACACAGCGGAUGCUUAACAACAUCAUCGAUCGAGGAGAGCAGGCCCAUCUGCAACUCCGUGAGCAGCGGGACACUUUCUCUAGCGUUAGCGAUAGAUUGCUGGAGAUCACGCAGCGUGUCCCGUUUGUCAAAAAUGUGCUGAAUAGGAUCGAUAGUAGGCGACGCAGGGAGGCCGUUAUUGUUGGUGCAUUGAUUGGUUUGUGCAUGACAAUUUUCGUGUUGUUUUUAUUCUAA